UUUUUUUUUUUAUUUUUUAUUUCUUUAUGUUUUCUCGUCAUUUUGUUCAACGUAUCCCAAAGCGGUUUUAUGCUACUGCAACUGCUACACCUCAAGCAUUUCAAGUGUUUGAUCGUCAUGUCAAACUAAUGCAAAAAGAUCGUGCUGCUUCUGAUGUGGAACAGAGUAGAACAGUUGAUUAUCUUAAAGACGAGAUCGCAGCUCGUGUAGCUGAUCGACUUUUGGAUAUUAAUCGUGACUUUGAUACAGUGGUUGAUUUGGGAUCCGGUUGUGGACAUAUCGUCAAACAUGCAACCAAAGACAUGAUGAAGAAACUUGUCAUGUGUGACAUGUCAGAGAAAUCUUUGUUACGUGAUAAAGAUGUAUCUUAUGAAGUGGAAGUAGAGCGUAAAAUAGUCGAUGAAGAAUACUUGCCAUUCAAAGAAAACUCGCUUGAUGCGGUCGUCAGCAGUCUGUCACUUAACUGGGUGAAUGAUUUGCCUGGUACAUUGAUCCAGAUCAAAAAUGCCUUAAAGCCAGAUGGUGUGUUUAUUGGUGCCAUGUUUGGUGGAGAUACACUGUUUGAACUGCGCACUUCUCUUCAAUUAGCUGAAGUAGAGCGUGAGUCUGGCGUGUCUCCUCGAGUGUCUCCUAUGGCAGAUUCAAGUGAUAUGUCUCGUUUAUUGACACGAGCAGGAUUUGCAUUAACUACAGUGGAUGUGGAUGAAAUCCAAGUCAACUAUCCAAGUGCAUUUGAACUAAUGGAAGAUUUAAAAGCCAUGGGCGAAAGCAAUGCUGUCUUGACAAGAAGACCCUUUUUAAAGCGUGAUACACUCUUGUCUGCAGCAGCUAUUUAUAAAGAAUUACAUGGACAUCCUGAUGGCACUAUUCCUGCUACCUUCUCUAUUAUUUAUUUGAUUGGCUGGAAGCCUUCAGAGAAUACACCCUUACCCAAGAAGCGUGGCUCUGCCAAUGCUUCUCUUAAAGAAGUUUUGGGUCAAGAAGAAUAAACAAUUUGAUUUGAAUUACAACUAGAGUAGAAUGUCUUUAUAAACCCAGAG